AUGAUAUUCAAGUGUAUAUUGUUAAUGUAUUACAAGAAUAGCAGAGGCCGCAAUUGUCGUAAGCAGGGGAAAAUGCUGACUUUAGUUGAAUACCUCCUCCUGCUUUACCGAGCUUUAUUGCCAACACCAGUUUGGUAUCGUUUCUUCCUAAACAAAGAAUAUGGAAGCCUCUUUUCAUCACUGAUGACAGGAUUGUAUCUAACAUUUAAACUCACAUCUGUGGUUGACAAGGUGCAAUCUUUCUUUGCUGUAGUGAAGGCAUUGUCACGUAAAAAAGUACAAUAUGGGGCUCAUGCAACAUCAGAGCAGGUUGUUAUAGUCGGUGAUCUUUGUGCCAUUUGUCAAGAGAAGAUGCAUGCCCCAAUCUUACUUCGCUGUAAACACAUUUUCUUCAAAGACUGUGUAUCAGAGUGGUUUGAGAGGGAAAGGACCUUCCCAUUGUGCAGGGCUUUGGUAAAACCUGCAGACCUCAGGUCAUUUGGUGAUGGCUCUACAAGUUUGUUUUUCCAGUUAUUCUAA